AUUCCAAGAGUAAAACUUUUUUUAAGUUUCCUGAAAUAUUCCUAAAAUAAUAAUUUCCAAUAAGAUUCAAUUACUUCCAAUUGUUAAGAAGAAAUCGGUACCGUGCCGGAAUAGCAGCGCAAAACUAGACCACCGUACACGUCCCAUCCCUAUGACAUCUGUCAAUGUCAAUCUGAAAUAUUAUAAGUGCACCAUUUUGACAGGAAUGGAUAUAAAGUAUCGACGGAUAGUUGCGUUGUUAAAAUUAUAUUAUUUGUCUAAAACUAUGCAUAUUAAAAAGUCUAAGAAUCCUUAGUGUGUCUGGAGUCUGUUUAAAUAUUAAAUAAAAAGCAAAAAAAAACGAACAAAAGCAAUAUGGCGGACACAGGUGCAAUAUUGUAUCUCAUUAUCAACGGUUUGGCAGCUAAGUGGAACGUUGCGCACGCGUCUACCCGUCACGCAUGAUGGAGCUGAUAUGUGUAUCUUAAGAACCCGUCUCUCUCGCACUCUUUGUGUAAAUUCGGUACGAAUCAUCAAUAUUCGUGUACCAGAAGUAAUUCAAUAUGGUACGAGAGACGCGGUAACGCUGGACUGUGAUUACGUGACGAAGAACGUCACUGGCCUGGUGGUAAAAUGGUUCUAUAAUGACCGCUCGCAACCAGUGUAUCAGUGGAUACCGCCACAAAAGCCUCAAGCAUUAGGACUGUUGAAGAAUAAGUUGGACCUGACUUAUAAAGUGUCACAAAAUCCAUACAUGCAGCACCGAGCACUGAGAAUCCUACAGCCCGGUACUGAACUCACAGGCAACUAUACUUGCGUGGUAUCUACGUUCCUCGCCGAAGAUGAGAAGACACGACCUAUGACUAUUUUUGUGCCUGAAACGAGGUUCGAUAUGAUACAAGAUCGGCUACAGGAUGACUACUUGAAUAUUAUUUGUUCCGUUGAAGGCGUCUUUCCCAAGCCAGAACUAGUCAUUUUAGCCGGAAACAGACCUCUAAACGCCAAAUCUUCUAUCAAAAACUUCGAGGGUCGCUACACAGCGCUAACUAGCGCCGUCGUAAGCGUCGACUCAUUGCCUCCUACGGUUGAAAUUCUGUGCGAUAUGCAAGUUCCCCUCGCGAAUUACUUCAGCAGAAAAAGGGAUAUAUUUUAUAGAGAUCCGCCUUUAACUUCACCAGAAUCAACUAAUUCUUUACAAACAUCACCUGAUUCAGGAUGCUUAGUGGAAUCGAUGCCGUUUUUAAUAUCAAUAUCGUUAGUAAUGUCUUACAUUUUACAAAGUAGGUGAAAAUCACGUGAUUAUGGACUUUUUUUAAAGAAAUAAUACAAGUAAGUGAAACAAACUUGGACGAAGUUUGCAAGCCUAGGGGAAGGGUAGAGUUAGUUGUAAUACAUGUUACUGCUCAAGAUAUUGAUAAAUAAAUGUAAAUAAACGUUUAUUCUUACGGAUUGUUAAAUAAAAUAAGCAAAUGUAAUGUAUC